AUGGCUGAAUUUCAUGCCGCUCCUGUUUAUCAAGAACAACUUCCAGUUGUGCAUCUGGAAUUAGAAGGAAAUCCUAAUUCUUUAGCAUUAAGAAGACCUUUUGAUCCUGUGGCACAUGAGUUGGAUGCUACUUUCCGACUCACUCGGUGUAAAGUCCCUCAAGAGGUUCUUUCGAAACUCUUAGAGGGACUUCAGCAAGACGAUAAUAGUGCUCAAGAUUAUGAACAUGCACAUUUUAUGCACAUGGAAAUUCCUAGAGUCGGAUUUGGUCUUGGAUCAUCUCUUACCCCACUUCGACAUGGGGGACUGUGUUUGGUUCAAACCACUGAUAUUUUAUAUCCGUUGGUUGAUGACCCCUACAUGAUGGGAAAAAUUGCAUGUGCUCACGUUCUAUCCGGAUUGUAUGCAAUGGGUGUUACAGAAUGCGAUAACAUGUUGAUGCUUUUGAGUAUUUCAACAAAAAUGGCGGACAAAGAAAGAGAUGUAGUUAUUCCUCUUAUGAUGACUGGAUUUAAGGAUUGUGCUCUUGAAGCAGGUAGUUCAGUGUCAGGUGGGCAAACUGUAGUUAAUCCUUGGUGUUCCAUUGGUGGUGUUGCAUCAACUAUAUGUCAACCCAAUCAAUAUAUUGUUCCUGAUAAUGCUGUUGUGGGAGAUGUAUUAGUUUUAACAAAACCUCUUGGAACUCAGGUUGCUGGUAAUGCACAUCAGUGGCUGGAUCAACCAGAACGUUGGAAUCGUAUUAAACUUGUAGUUUCAGAAGAAGAUGUAAGAAAAGCUUAUCACAGAGCUAUGGAUUCUAUGGCCAGAUUAAAUAGAAUUGCUGCCAGAUUAAUGCAUAAAUACAAUGCACACGGAGCGACAGACGUAGGAGGUUUUGGUCUUUUAGGGCAUGCACAAAAUCUUGCCAGGCAGCAGAAAAAUGAAGUUGCAUUUGUCAUACACAAUUUACCAGUAUUGGCAAAAAUGGGAGCUGUCGCCAAGUGCUGUGGAAACAUGUUUCAAUUAUUACAAGGCCAUUCAGCUGAAACUUCAGGUGGUUUAUUAAUUUGUUUACCAAGGGAACAAGCGGCCGCUUAUUGCAAAGAUAUCGAAAAACAAGAAGGAUAUCAAGCGUGGAUUAUUGGAAUCGUUGAAAAGGGUAAUAGAACUGCUCGAAUAAUUGACAAACCUCGUGUAAUCGAGGUACCCGCCACGGAUAAAGAGGGACAACUCUGGUAA